AUGCGACCGACAUCGUACUUGGCACAUGCAGCGCCGUCUACUACUUCCUCCUCUGCUGCUGCGGUUGCAACUGCGUUGGGCAAAACCAAAACACGACUUAGUCCCCAACAGUCGUCCUUCACUUCGCUGACGCCGUCACACCUAAGACAUGGUGGACCACAGGCAGCGGAGCAGCUCAUGCGGUUGGGCAGAGUGUUUGUGCCAGUUACAUAUUUGCCCGGUUCGUCUGGUUAUCAAACCGCUCAAACCCCUGGAGUUUCGCCUACACUACGCCGCAGCCGAAGGUACGAGCCUUACGGUUCUCUGCUACAGAUGUAUAUGGAGCGCGGUUUCACUGACCUGGAUGCCCUAUUGUUCCACCCGGAGGCACCUUCUCCGAUGGAGCUGUUGUUAAGCGUCCUGCGACAUCGCACGGCGUGCCUGCAACUCACACAGAAGGCACUUACAGCGACUAUCAGUCGGCCACGUCACACAUCUUCUGCGGGAGCGGCCUCAUAUACCCUACAAACAGUUUACCACAUUCUGAAGAACCACUGUCCAUAUCUGUAUGACACCGCCAGUGUUAGGGUAUUGCUCUGCCAGGCGUUACUGUGCGAAAGGUUAUUUAGUGAUGCGAUUGAGUUGCUACAGGGGAUGCCCGAUUCGUGGAUUACGCCUGGGUUGUGGCAGGUCGUGAUGGAAGCUGCAGCUGAUGGUAAAGUCCCGCAUUCACCCCUUCUGUGGAAACUUCUAACGUUGUCACCUGCAAAAACCCCAGGUGAAGGUCGUGUUGUUAGGACCGGUCAGCGGGUACCUGAGCAACUUCGAAGGGGAAUGUCAGCUCGUGCAGCCGAAGUGGUGUCGAGAUCAUUUGUAAACAGAGGAGAGAGCAUGGAUGAGGCAGCAAAGGCACAUGGGGUGCACCAAAACAGCGACACAGUAACCUUCUCAUCUUUUGAGGUGCGUCCGUUGUCGAUCGUACAAAUAACGCGUGGGGGUAAUCAACUGGAAUGGUGCCAUCUCAGUACCUCAGAAGUUGGUUACGCUGAACAACACUACCGAGCUCUUCGUAACCUUCGAGGAUGGGGUCACGGCGUGCUACGACUGGGAAGGGGUGACCACCUGAUGGAAGGCGUUGUUUAUGGUCUUGAUGCCUUUCUUGCCUCCCGGCUUAUGUUGCGCGCUAAUGUGUCUUUCUUUGGCCAAGCGUCCCCGUUGAUAGCCCUGCAUAUUCUUAGGCGAUACAUACGUACCUGUCACGCCCUGCGGAAAACUCCCGCACGCUCAUCAGUGGUGAAGGGGACGGGUAGUGACGGGACCAGUGAAUUAGGCACAAACAGCGACUGGCUGAAGUAUCAUCAGCCCUCGUCUACUAGUGGAUCUCCAGGUGUGAGCACGAGUGAUACACAAGCGUCUGAUAUUGAGGACUUCAUUCACCCUUCACCAUUUUUACUGUUCUUCAAAGUCGUCCGUGAAACCCGUGAUGUACUUCCCGGGGGCGGUGGGACCCUUGCAUCAGCCGGGCAUUCUGGGACCUCGGGUGGAGUACCUACAGCUGGGCUGCCGAUGAUACAUUGGGAACUGGUGUGGCGAUACUUCCAAACUCUCAACCGUGAGUGCCCCAACUGGCAUACCAUCAUCCCAGAGAAGGCUGGUGACUUGAGUCAGUAUGUUAUUGACGUCCUUUGUCGUGGAGCUGAUCCGUGGAUGACGCUUAAUGUUGCGCGUGCCGUUUCUUCACGCCAUAUUGUUGACGGUUUGGACAUGUCGCUGUGGCUUCUCCACCGACUUGAUCCGUCGCACCACAUGGAAGAAGCACGCGAUGUAACGCGGAAGGUGUUCCGCUGGCUCUUGACUGAUGUCGGCGUGCACUUGCUGCCGCAGUUGCACCACAAUCUUAUCCCCGCUGCGAGGGUGUUGGUGCGCUUAGGGUUACAGGAUGAGCUACGGCAACUAUAUAAUGGCGUGCUAGAUAACGUUUAUUUGUUUGCCGAGGAUUUCCGCGCAGAGUUUCUACACGUGAUGAUGGAUUUGGUUUGCCCUUCGUGCAGCUCUAUUCUAUCUGCGCAGGACGUCUAUGCGGAGCGUGUCUGUUCCAUCUGUCUUACGAUCAUACCUGCAAAAGAUGCGGGGUCAUUGCCUAGCUUUCAGCUUUCGAGCGAACAUAUCUCCCGUUUACGAGAGAAGCGCAAGGUUGUGCGACUUAGUGAGCGAAAGAGGUUGCAUGAGAGCAUCUGCUGUUGGUCAAAGCGAGGCGAGAAUAGUCGUGAAACAGCUGCAGGAGCAACCAACGUUGGGAAGCAUGCGGCGUCACCGGUCUUUCCUCCACUGGAUGCUAGCAGCGUGUUUAAAAAGGAAAUACUCUCCGACACGGCUCCUCUACUUCCCGGGGUACCCGUGGCGGCGCGAAAUGUGUUACUUCUUCCAGGAGGAGGUGGGGCAGACGGCGCGGGCAGUUGUGUGUCAGAAGGAGGUGGUCCCUCUGCCUCGUUUGAUGUUUAUGCAGCCAUGGAAGAGUCAUCGCACCGUUUGCAGCUACAAGAGGCAGCCCGUCGUUACGCACUGGCUCAGCGCGGUGUUGUGUUACCUGCGCGCCAUUCUGCUGCCUUUCCAUCCCCCGUUCUAUCAACAUCUUCCGUGUCGACUUCAUCGGCGCAUUUUUCUCCAGAGAAACAACGGCAGGGUUUCAUGAUACCCUCAAUGUGUGUCGACGGGCCCUGGACUUGUGUAUGGUGCCACGAACAAAACACGGGGUGGGGUUCCCGCACACAAUGCGGAGCCUGUGGUGCCGAAACAGGACCCAGCGCUCUGUGGCGGCAUUUUGCAUACGCAACAUCGACAGGGGAUAUUAUGGAAGAAGUACGCGCUCGUGUGGCUAACUCCGCGGAACGUCCUGUAGACGCAGUGGUGGCGGGUUACCUGUUGAUGGUGUACCGUCGUACGUUUCUGCUGAGGGCUACACCGCACGAUGCGGAGCGAAUAGAACAGCUGAUUCAGCGGCUCUGCCAACUACAUGAGAGAGUGCUGGCAGGUUACACUUACAUGCGCUUCGUUCCUGCCCGUGCACGCAGCAAGGGAAGUACCCUGUUUGCGCUUGCGCAUCUCUUUGGUUGUACCGAUGCAGCCUAUGCGGGAUUGACCACACAACAAUUAAGGCGCGAUGAGGACACGUUCUUUCAAACCAUAUUCACACCCGCAACCUGCAAGGUUUGUUUUGGGCAGCAUGCGUGGAAGGCUUGCCCGAUUAUAACGCGGGAUUUCUCUACAACGAAGCGCCAAUCCAUUACAAUGUCUCCGAAAGAAAAGCAGGAAGCAGUGCUGCAGCAACUUAGGCAGGCAGUGGAGGCUGCGGUGCAACAUGGGGCGGAGAGCAGCCGUCUCGUCGUCGGUGCAUACACGGCUUUUGUGAAAUCACCCUACCGCGAGCUUUUUUCGGAGACACACAGCCGGGACGUGAAUCGCCUGUCCAUGCUGUUGAGUCGGUACCAACAGUUCCGUCGUGCAGCCUUCGUCCUCUGCCACAUUCCGUUACACCUUCGCGACGAUGGGGCGUAUAUGGCUAUGGUUCCAUAUUUUAACGUUCCUGUGGAGGACGCGCGGGAGUUAUUGAGGAAACGGAGUCCCUUGGGUGUUGCGGAUGGGACACAUCCCAACUUUGUUCAGGUUGCUGUAACGUGCUGCAUGUGUCUUGACGAGCGUCAUGCUUCGUUCGAAUGCCCGAGACUACUGAAGUGGAUUGGAGAAAUUGAGGAGCUGAGUGCAUCGCAAAAAAACGGAUCGGCAACUUCAGGAGCCCUUGUCGAUGUCGUGGCCGCACAGGAGCUGUCCAAGCGAUUGCGGGCGCAAGUAGACGGGUGGACCUCUGCGGGUCCUGAGAGACUACAUGCAUUUUACCGUUUCCUCCUCCAACGUAUAGACGACUUCCAGAAGGACCCGUACGACACAUUGCAAACCGACGGUGACGAGCAUGGUCAUCGCCAAGUUGACUCUUGUGUAGUGGGUUCACCACUGAACAUGUUGCAACUGCGGAGGCUCGACAUGGACGACCCUAUUGUCUAUGCCAUUAAUAAAGCUAUCAGUAAGCUCGCGCUUGCUAAACAGGAAAAGAGUGCUUAUCGGUUAUAUGCGAGGUCUCCCGUGGUUUUCGUGUCCAGUGGGGUAACCUCCACAAUGCUUCGAAUGGCUGGCUACUCUGAAAAAGGUAUCCGUACACUAAGUCACAAUCACGUGGACGGUAGUGGAAGCUCACAAACAUCACUAUCUUCAUCUUUGUCUGCGUCAGAUGAAUCAUCAACAUUAGGUGUUUCUACCGAAGGUGCACGUUCGGCGGCUGUGCCGAUGCGAAAUUGUUGCCUUUUGUGCUUUGACAGCGAGCACACGUACUUCGACUGCCCAGAAUUAAUUGCACAACCGACUACUGCAGCUAAACUUGAAUAUGUAGUUGUGCACGUCGGUGGCAUCCGAAGCGUGUUGGAUGGCGUUCGGGCUGCCGCAGCGUACGUUUAUCAUACAUACAACCUGGGACAGCUCACGAGUGAUUUGCUUCGUGCACACCCCUCGUUAGUUCGUUCGCUUCUUCGGCUUGUCCGACGUUGCUUUGCUUGUGGUCUUGUUGGCUCCGGCGUCCGCAUCCUGCGGCGUCUCCCUGUGGAAAUGGUUCCACCCAUAUCGCCCUAUACGGACCUUUGGCGUGCCGCCGGUUUGGGAGAGGAGGUUGUCAUCAGUCGACGAGCGCAGUUGCAGGCCCUGUUUGCUGCAGAAGGCUUGGAGCCGCGCAUUGAAACUCCACCCGCUCGCCAGACGUACUCCAACAGGUUUGUUUCCGCUUUGAGUCAUGUGCUUCACGAUGAUCUCUGUCGGCACUGCUACCAGCACGGUCACUCACUUGCCACCUGUAGCGUAUUCCAUGCAGAAGUGAGUUUCGGACGGGAUUACGUAGCGGCUUAUCGUAUGAGUAUGAUGUCCGAGCAGCUAGACGACGACUGGCGCGACGCCUACCUUCUGAAACUUGUUGACUUUUUCCUCAUGCAUAAGGUUCUUAUGCCGUACCAUAUUGUUGGGGUCACGAAUGCGCUGAACGCGAUCGCGGCCAUGUGGAGCUUCCGUGGUGAGCCUGGCAUCGCGAUACGGCAUCUACUGAACAUUCCACCCGCGUACCGCAGACGACAGGCGUUCGCGUACAUAUUACAAGCAGUGGGCGUACCAGUAGACGAAGCCAAGCGCGUUCUCGCUAAUGUUUACUUUUCUCCAAGUGAGUUGUCAUCCUCGAAUAAACCAAGUGGUAGCUCAGCUUCUGCCUCUGCCUCUGCCUCUGCUGGUUCCGGUUCCGGUUCUGGUGCUGAAAGCGGCAGUGCCGUGGCACAACACCUUUUGAUGCCUAAACCUGCCAUUCGUGAUGUGGCGAUGACGGCUGUAUUUAAUCAGUUUCCCGACGCACUUGCUGCGUUGGAAGGGAGUGAAGGACGCAUGGAGGCAAUACGCCGCCGAAACGCAACACAGAAGAUAACGAAGGGUUCCAAGGCUGAAGGGGGGAAUAUGAAGACUACCUCGGUGGGAGGCGCAGCGCGUAUGGCAGAAUCCUCGUUGGGGGAAGAACCAUCAGUACCGAGUGUGUCUCUCUCACGCCGCCCGGUGCAAAGUGGCGAUAUCACGACAGUUCGUGAAAACUUUGACCCGGUCCUCACAGAAUUGGAGCUAGCAGUGGGUAUGAAACUUGGAAGUCGACACGUACUCUUUACAAGCGCAGUUGACAUUCUCGCUGCUGUCGUUGCCCCGAAGGAAACUGAGGGUGGCAGCGGGAAGGUACAGCAGCCGGCGGUGACAACCACAGUCGUUGUCCCACCACAGGCAGCUUCCCCUCCACCUUCAGAAAAUCCCGCGUCGAAGUUGUCGCCAGAAUCCACGGUGGCCAUCCCACGGAGCGAUGCCUGUGGUCAUCCUCACACACGGGAGGAACCUGAAAUUGUUACCGUCUUUAGUGGCGAAACGGCAGGGGGAGGUGGUUCAGGAAGGGGAAGCCACCAGCGCUGGGGUGUUGGAUCUGAUGGUCUUAAACCCUCCUCUUCACCGUCUAACAGCCCCGGAGGUGAUCACGGAAAGUACAGCUCGAGUCAACACUUCCAAACGCAGCAACACUACACACAAAAGGGCCGUUAUCACGAGAGGCAGCGGCGCCGUCAGCGAGAGCGGGAUGUGGGUAACAACGGCAAUCACGCCCGAAAACGGUGA